CAGCCCGGAGCCCUUGAGGCGGCGAAGGGGGGAGGGGAAGGAAGCAAGGGAUGAGCGCCGGGAGGGCGUCGGGGGCCCUGAGCCGGACUAGGACGCCCCUGGAACCGGAGCCGGAGCCGGAGCCAGAACCAAACCACCGCUGCAGCCCCCUAACUCCAGGAGCCGCCCUGGCCCGUGCUCACCCGCCAGGGCCUCAUGUCAGAACCACAGCCUGACCUGGAACCGCCCCAACAUGGGCUGUACAUGCUCUUCCUGCUUGUGCUGGUCUUCUUCCUCAUGGGCCUUGUAGGCUUCAUGAUCUGCCACGUGCUCAAGAAGAAGGGCUACCGCUGCCGCACCUCGAGGGGCUCGGAGCCUGAUGACGCCCAGCUCCAGCCCCCUGAGGACGAUGACAUGAAUGAGGACACAGUAGAGAGGAUUGUUCGCUGCAUCAUCCAAAAUGAAGCCAACGCUGAGGCCCUGAAGGAGAUGCUGGGGGACAGUGAAGGAGAAGGGACAGUGCAGCUGUCCAGCGUGGAUGUCACCUCCAGCCUGCAAGACGGAGCCCCCUCCCAUCAUCACACAGUGCACCUGGGCUCCUCAGCCCCGUGCAUCCACUGCAGCCGCAACAAGAGACCCCCACUUGUCCGUCAGGGACGUUCCAAGGAAGGAAAGAGUCGCCCCCGGCCUGGGGAGACCACCGUGUUUUCUGUGGGCAGGUUCCGGGUAACGCACAUUGAGAAGCGCUAUGGGCUGCAUGAGCAUCGUGAUGGCUCUCCCACGGACAGGAGCUGGGGGUCUGGUGGCGGGCAGGACCCAGGAGGCGGCCAAGGGCCUGGGGGAGGGCAACCCAGGACAGGGAUGCCUGCCAUCGAAAGCCUUCCCCCUGAGAGGCCGCAGCCCCCAGCCCUCGCCAGCACCCCCAUGCAGAAUGGAGGACUCAGGGACAGCAGCCGAGUCCCUCGUGCACUUGAGGGGAACCCUGGAGCCUCUGCAGAGCCGAUGCUCGGGGCUGGAGGGAGGGGCCCAAGCCCAGGGCCGGCCAGAAAAGAAGCAAACGGACAGCCAAGCAAACAGGACACCUCAGAUCACCAGGUGUCCCCACCACGGGGAGCAGGGGGUGUGUGAGCUGCCUCCUUCACUGUGCUGACGGACUACCAGCUGGCAGGCCAGGGAGUGGGUGGGCAUGAAGCCCCUCCUCUCCUCUGGACAGCACUGCCCCCCAGCUGAGGGACCCACUCUUCUUCCACCUGGAGUUGCACAGUCUCAGG